UUUGGAACGGACCCUGUGGGAGGAGCUUAUAAGUGACACACGGAUUGCCUUUUUUUUUUUUGCUAAGGAAGAGGAAGGUGUUGUUUUCCAGAUCCUGUAGAAAAUAAGAAAAAAUCGCAGUAAACUCAUCGAAUCGCGGAAGGAUACGGGUACUGAAAGAGAGGCGUGAUGAGGUUUCCGUAGGAGGACUCACUCACUCACUCACCGCAUCUGACCCUGAGGAAGACCGAGCAGCAGGAAAACAUGAGGCUUUAGUGAGGCUUGAGAGAGCUCCAGUAAUGUGCCAUGGGGUACGACGUCACCAGGUUCCAGGGGGAAGUAGAUGAGGAUCUGCUUUGUCCCAUUUGCAGUGGGGUGCUGGAGGAGCCAGUGCAGGCCCCACACUGUGAGCAUGCCUUCUGUAACGCUUGCAUCACCCAGUGGUUUGCACAGCAGCAGAUCUGCCCAGUGGACCGCACCGUGGUGACACUGGCACACCUUCGACCGGUGCCACGCAUCAUGCGCAACAUGCUGUCCAAGCUGCAGAUCUCCUGCGAUAACGCCAGCUUCGGCUGCAAGGCAACGCUGCGCCUCGACCAGCUCCAGUCUCACCUCAAAGACUGCGAGCACAACCCCAAACGACCCGUCGUCUGUGAGGAGGGCUGCGGGUUGGAGAUGCCCAAAGAUGAGGUACCAAACCACAACUGCAUCAAGCACCUGCGCAGUGUAGUGCAGCAGCAGCAGACCAAGAUCGCAGACCUCGAGAAAACCGCAGCUGAGCACAAACACCAGCUGGCUGAGCAGAAACGGGACAUCCAGCUCCUGAAAGCGUACAUGAGAGCGAUCCGGAGCGCAAACCCUAACCUGCAGAAUCUGGAGGAGAGCAUCGAGUACAACGAGAUCCUGGAGUGGGUGAACUCGCUGCAGCCUGCCCGUGUGACCCGCUGGGGAGGAAUGAUCUCGACUCCCGACGCCGUCCUGCAGGCCGUCAUUAAGCGCUCGCUCAUCGACAGCGGAUGUCCUCUCUCCAUCGUCAACGAGCUCAUCGAGAACGCCCACGAGCGCAACUGGCCUCAGGGCCUGGCCACGCUGGAGACGCGCCAAAUGAACCGCCGCUACUACGAGAACUACGUCGCCAAACGCAUCCCGGGCAAACAAGCCGUGGUGGUGAUGGCGUGUGAGAACCAGCACAUGGGCGAGGACAUGAUCCUGGAGCCGGGAUUAGUCAUGAUCUUCGCUCAUGGAGUGGAGGAAAUCUUAUAGUCAGGACUGGAUGAGUUUUAAGGGAGGAAAAAAAACACUACAGUUUUUAGAUCUUUACCUCAUAAAGAAGGUUUAUCAACCAACAGGGAAGAAAAAUGGUGUAUGAAGGAACAGAACUGCGUUUGCGCUGAGGAUGAAAACCUCCAGCCGUCCUGUUGCCUUAAAACGAAAAAAAUAGAUAUAUAUAUAUAUAAGCAGACCCUGAAAAUACAACCACCAACCUGAAAUGUAAACCACAAAGAAAUGCUGGAGCUUUCUCAUUAAUCACCACUGACUGAAUGAACCCGAGUCUCUUUACCACUUUGUUGUUUAAGGCUGUUUCACAGAACGUCCUUUUCUUCCGAGUCUGUAAUACUGUAUAACUGAUCUCAUUUGUUCUUUGUAAAUAAAUACGGAAGAUUUAUGGAAGAAAUAUAAACAUAUAUGCUAUCUAUUCUUGGUAUUGUAGAAUAGCUAAGACGUUUUUUGUUUGUUUGUUUGUUUGUGUUUCUUUCGCUCGUGAGGAUUAAGGCACCGUUACAGAAGCUAUAAUGAAGAUCGCCUCGGAUUUAGGGGAUAGCUCGUAUGUUAUUUAUAUAUUAUAUUCUAUAUAAAUAUUUACAUUAUAUACAUUAAGUGUCUUAAACGUAUAUAAUGAGGAUAUUUCCUGUGCGUUUUACGUCUGCAAUUUUACACCUAAGCUGCAGCCGAUCGCGAUUAAAGCCGUGAGUCGGUGCGGCUCAGAAAAAUCAGCCCGCGCAAAACAGACCUCAGAAAGAAGGAACAUAAUCUCUUUGACAUCCGCUAAACUGCUGGCACUUAAGCGAACGAACAGGAAAAGAAACCGGAGAGCGAAAUCCAUUUGGGCUGUAAUCGUCGAUCGCCUCUGAACUCCGACUUCACGGCUGCGGUGUUCGAUUUAUUUCUGUUAAAUACCGUUCUGAGCGCGAGGUCACGUUUUCGUUCUUCACGCGCUCGUUUUUUUUCUUCUUUCCCUGAACAAUUCCAUCAGAAAAUAAGCUCACGUUACCGAUUCGUUAAGGAUGCGUGUCAGGUUCGAGGAUGUCGUCAUCAGUUCCUGUUUUAAAUGACUAGAAUCUUGAUGACCGAAAGAAUCGAGGUCUCUUGACAGUUAAUAUGUCACGUUUUUACAGUCCAAAUUGAUCAAAUCUCUGCCCGGGCUUCGUGUCUGAUCGGAUCCAGCCACUAGUCCAUCUUUCUUCUCCUCGAUGCCACUUAGUGUUUUUACUUCUUUAUAUUUUGUGUAAUUGAUCACUGUUAAAAAAAAAAGAAAGAAAGAAAGAAAACGAAUAGUGACGAAUUUGAGAAUUUAUUUGCGUAUAUAUGUGUUUUGUUUUUGGUUUUUUUUGGCUGUAUAUAGUUGAUUUUAAACGACGCUCUGGUGUAAAACGUGCUGCAGUCGUGUUUUGUUCACGCCACACAAGUGUUUUUGUGAGUUUUGCUCAUUGUGCCCAUAUAUAAUUUUUGUCCUGCAAUGAAAAACAUGAACUGUCUCUCAUA